UUCUCUCUAUCUCUCUUCUUCGUAGAGACGAUUGAUAACGUUUGUGGUCGAGAGCUAAUUAGCUGCGUAGAUUUCAUCUUUGCGACGUAAACCCCUAGUUUCUACGUCCUCCGAAUCAGCACAACGAUGGGGAAGAAAGGAGGGUUUAAGAAGAGAGUUAGCAAAAGCGCCAAGCCCCGCAACGAUUUCGUCGACGGCGAAUACGAUGACGAGAUUGACGCCUUUCAUAAACAGAGGGAUAUUGUUCCCUUGGACGUUAACGAUGAUACUGAUGAUUCAUCCGAUGAGGAUGAUGUGCAACCUGUUUUUGAUUUAAAGGGUGUGGAUGAAGAUGAGGAUGAGGAGGAUGAAGACACCGAAGAGGAAGAAGAAGAUAAAGGACUGAUUGCUAAAAUGGUAGGGCAAAACAAAUAUCUGAAGGCCAAGUUUGGUGCUGUUGAUGAUGAAAUGGCUGAUGAUGAUAACGAUCAAGAUGAGGAAAACAAAAGGGUCACUUGGGGAUCCCGAAAGAACGCAUAUAUGAAUGCUGAUAAUGUAGAUUUCGAGAACCUAUCAAGUGAUGACGAAGACCUUAAGUUGGAAGAAGAUGAGGUGUUGAGAAUGCGGGCAGAACAAACAGGUUCCAUUACAGCAGCUGAUGCUGGGUUGGAAGAUGAUAGUGAAGAAGAAGAGAGCGACAGAGAAUUAACCAUGGAGGAAAUUUCUGUGAAAGGCAAGAAGGGUACAAAAUCCAUCACAGAUAAGAAAGAGAAGGAUGUGGAAGUGAUCAAGAAAGACAUAAACUCUUUGUCCAAAGAAGAGCAAAUGGAUGUAGUAUACAGCUCUGCUCCGGAAAUAGUUGGUCUUUUAUCUGAGUUGAACGAUGCAGUUGAAGAGCUUGAGAAUAAGAUAAAUCCUGUUAUGAGCAAGUUAAAGGAAGAAGGGGUUCCGUUGACUGGUGGAGCAAGGUACUUGGAGGUUAAGCAGAUUCUGCUACUGGCAUAUUGCCAAUCUAUAACAUUCUAUUUUCUACUCAAGUCUGAAGGGCAGCCCAUCCGUGAUCAUCCGGUCCUUGCCCGUCUUGUAGACAUCAAAGCUUUAUUAGAUAAGAUCAAAGAACUUGAUGGAGAGCUUCCCCCUGGAUUCGAGGAGUCUCUAGCGAGAAUGCAAAAGGUCGUCAAAGAAGAUGCGACCUCUUCACCGGUUUCUGCUUCAGAAGUCAAAAUCACACAAGAUACAGUCGAGCCGGUGAAAAUCAGUAAAUCAAAGGCAGACACGAAGAAGAAAGGAGAGAAACGCAAGCACCAGAAUGAUCAAGUUGAUAUUCAGAGUGAGGAAAUGUUGAAACUUCGGGCUGCUCUAGAGGGAAAGCUAAGAAGCAAUGGAGUUUUUGGCUCUGCAGUUUCGAAGCCUGAUAAAUCUCAAAAACGUCAGAAGUUAGCUAAUAGGAAGCUAGAGACAUUCGAUGAUUUUGUGGAUGACGCAGACAAUAGCACACGUGAUGUACCAGCUGAUAAGCUCACCAAACAUGUGUCCACCAAACGGAAGCCCAAGACUGUUUCUGGAGAUGAUGAUUUACCGCAAAGGGAUGAUAUUGGAGAACGGCGUAGAAAGUUUGAGCUCAAAGUUUUGGCUGGAGCUGGUGUGAAGUCAGAGGAAGAUGGCAAGAAUGAAAGCGAGGUCUUUGGAUCAGAUGACGACAAUGAUAAGGAUGAUGAUGGUGAUAAUGACAUGGUUGAUAGUGACGGCGAAUCAGAAGGCGAAGAUGAGUUUUACAAACAAGUGAAACAGAAUAAACAAGCUAAACGAGCUGCCAAAGCAGAGAUCUAUUCAAGGGAACCAUCAUCGAUCUCGUUUGAACCAGAAACCGUGGAUGGCAAACGAGUGGUUUCAAAUGCGAUUUUGAGUAACAGAGGAUUGACUAGACACCGCAACAAGGACAAAAAGAACCCGAGAAAGAAUUACCGGGACAAGUACACGGACAAAGUCAAGAGACGUAAAGGACAAGUCAGAGAUAUCAGGAAACCUACGGGUUCAUAUGGAGGAGAAGGUUCCGGUAUCAAUCCCAACAUAAGCCGAAGCAUCCGAAUCAAGAGUUAGCCUCCAUUUCCUAUAUCAUCUUUUUGUUGUGGUAUCCUUUUUGGAUCUUCUACCUUUCGUUUCAUUCUGCUUCGUCACUUGGGCAAAUCAUUGCUCUGUAGUUUUUGAUGGUUUUUGUUUAAAUCUUUACAUUUGCAUUUAAAAGAGGAAGAAAACUUGUAUUACAUUAAAUUCUACUAUUAAAAGUUGAUUUUCAUCUGAUUA